CAUCUCUGUUUUUAUUGUUUUCUAUUUUUUUUUCUAGCUUUCGAAUGAUGAUUUCAGAGUUUGAUAUUGUGUUCAAUUAUGGGGGUAAAUGGGUAUUUUCACCUGACCUAGUAUACUGUGAAAAACUUGUGCACUUAUGGACAUCAUUUGAUCCUGAUUUAUUGAGUUAUAAGGAUAUAUGUGAUGAGUUUACCUCUAGAUUAGGGUUUGUCAAAGUUAAACAAUUGUUAGUGGUUGAGCCUUUCGGGUAAGUACUAUUUGGUAGAAGGUGAUGAGAGUAUCAGGGAUCUUCUUUGCUUAUUAUAUAACAAAUUCAAGGUCUUAAAUUUCUUUGUUGUUGAUGAGAGCGAGUCGACUAUUUUUGCUCCACAUACCACAGACCAUACAAAAACAUAUCAUGUAGAUAUUGAGGUUGGUACAGACUGUGAACAUAGUCUUGGUUCUGGUGGUGAAUACGAAACUUCAAAUAGUGAGGAGUAUAAUUCUGAUGAAAUUGAGGGUAUUAGCAAUGAAAGGAAGAGGGUUGUAGAUGAUAGGUUGGAAAACUAUAAGGAGUUGAAGCUAGGUAUGUCAUUUAAGGACAUGAAAGAAGGCAGACAGACUGUGAAUUUUUAUGCUUUAGCUAACAAAAAGGCUUUGGAGUUGAUUAAAUGUGAAAAAAAAGAAUCAGGUAUGGUUGUCAAGAAGGGUGCCCCUUUAGGUGUCUAAUUUCUGAAGAUGGGAGAACUGGUGGGUUUAAGAUUAAAACUUGGAAGGAUGAACACACAUGUGAGUAUGCCUUUAAGAAUCCUAGAGCUGAUUUUGCCACAUUAGCUCAGUAUUUUAAAAGUAAGGUCCAAAAUAACCCUAAAUACAUGAUUAAAGAUACGAGAGGCGAGCUUGAACAUGGUUUGAAGUUGAAUGUGACUAGAUCCAAACUGAAAAGGGCUAAGAAUAUGGUUCUUCAAAAACUGGAGGGUAGUUUUAUAGAUGAUUACAACAAACUUGAGGUAUAUUGCCAAGAAAUUAGGUUGUCUAAUCCGGGAAGUGAUGUAGUCAUAAAUAUCUCCAAAGAUGCACUAGCAGAAGGUAAGAGAAUUUUUUUGAGAGUGUACUUAUGCUUUAAUGCUUUGAAGCAAGGCUGCAAAAAUGGUUUGAGACCAUUAAUUAGAUUAGAUGGUACAUUCUUAAAGGGUAGAACCAAUGGUCAGUUGUUGGUGGAAUUAGGACAAGAUUCUAUGAAUUAUUUUUACCCACUAGCAUGGGCUGUGGUGGACAAGGAAACAAGCAGGACUUGGAGUUGGUUCAUGGAGCUGUUGAAGUUGUCUUUGGAGCUUAAAACUGGUGCAGGAAUCACAUUCAUAUCAGAUAUGCAAAAGGGCUGUUGGAUGCUGUUAGCACAGUACUUCCUGAAGCUAAUCACAUGUACUGUGUGAGACAUAUUGAGGCUAACUGGUGCAAAGUAAAGGAAGAGUGGUGAAAUGAGAAAGUUAUGGUGGUGUGCAUGGAGUUCAUAUGAUGAAGAGUUUAAAGACCAAUUGAAAAAAUUAGGGAAUCUGUCUGAAGAUACUGCAAAGGAUAUCUUAAAGUAUCCCCAAGGGCAUGGUGCAGGGCUUAUCUUGACACUCAAUGUAAGAAUAGAUGGUUGAUAACAACUUCGCUGAGUCAUUUAAAGCAUGAAUUCUUGAGGCUAGAGGAAAACCAAUUAUCAAAAUGUUGGAGGACAUAAGAGUGAAAGUGAUAGUGUUGUUAGGAGAUAACGAGGCUAAGGUGAGAAGUUGGAAUGCAGAAUAUAAUCCAGCUUGCUUGAAACUGUAUAGUGAUUGGAGGGGAUUUAUCUGGCAUUCCUUUCCCUCAUGCAAUAAAAGCAAUGAUGUAUAAGAGGGUAGAGCAUCUAGAUGAAAUCCAUUGGUGGUAUAGUAAAGAGGCAUACUUGCUAACAUAUAAGGAAAAACUUCAGCCUGUUAUGGGUCGGCAGUUCUGGAAAAUUGAACCUUCACAUGCCAUGUUACCUCCUGAUAUUGUGAAGCAAGAUGGCAGACCCAAAGUGACAAGAAAUGGGAACCAGAUGAGGCAAGAAAAAGGAUAGGGCAGUGGAGUCAAUCAAGGAAGGGGACACAUAUGACAUGUAGUAAUUGUGGUGAGCCAAAUCACAAUGCAAGGGGUUGUUACAAGCCUAAGUCUUCUGGAAAUGUUACAAGUUGCAGUCAAACUCAAGAAUCUGAUCAACCAAACCACA